UAACAUUGAUGAAAUAAUGUCAAAAUUGAUAAGAUUGGAGAUCUACCUAUUUGUCAUCAUUUGUGUUUAUUAGAAAAUAAAAUUCGACAAUAAUUUAUUAAACCUUCACUUUGCCUUAACAAUAUUACGAUUUAAGUGAACUUAUCGUUGCUAAUAAAUACAUCAAAAUGCAAGAUACAAGACCAGAGUUAUAUGAAGAAGUAAAGCUUUAUAGAAAUGCCAGGGAACGUGAAAAGCAUGACAACAUGGCGGAGUUAUAUGCUGUGGUCAGCACACUGCAGCAUUUGGAGAAGGCAUACAUGAGGGACUGUGUCCGAGCGCAGGAGUACACUGCGGCCUGUAGCAGGCUGCUGGUCCAGUAUAGAGUGGCCUUCAAACAAGUGCAGGCUGAUGAGUUCCCGAAUAUCGAAGCUUUUGUUGCAAAAUAUAGAUUGGACUGCCCGGCGGCUCUGGAGAGGAUAAGGGAGAACAAACCCAACCUCAUCAAGGAUGACAAGGGCAACACCAACAAAUACAUCGCUGAGAUUGUUUCGCUAUUUAUAACCCUGAUGGACAAGCUCCGUCUGGAGUUCCGCGCGAUGGACAUGAUCCAGCCGGAGUUGCGUGACUUGCGCGACACCAUGGACAGACUCAUCAUGCUGCCCGAGGACUUCGAGGGGAAGAUCAAGGUACAAGAAUGGGUAGACAAGCUGUCAGAGAUGUCAGCAUCAGACGAGUUGUCAGAGAGUCAGGUGCGGCAACUACUGUUUGACCUGGAGACUUCGUACGGAGCGUUCAACAAGUUCCUGCACAAGGACUGAGGGGUGGCUUAGAUGUGACCAGCUCAAACAGCGUUGUGUACUCACCAGUAGCUUGUUUAUGUGAAUAUUAUUAAAUUGUUAAGUAUAUAUAUACCCUAAAUAAUAUAAAUAUUGUCUCAAACGUAUUGUUACAUUAUUUGCUCUGCAUAUCAAGCUCAUAGCUUCAUUUCAUUAAUGAAAUAUACGAGAAAUUGUGUUUAAAUUGUUGUAAUGUAUUGUGACACACGAAUAUAGUCUUUAAUGUCCAUGUUUUAAAUUCUACUUCGUAUUGAAAUGCUGUAAAAGAGGAGGUGGUUGUUCACUAGUAUCCUUUUGUACAUUAAGAUUUACAUUUCUUUAUUAUAACCAAUUAAAAUGUCCACUAAAAAUUUGAUUGUUUAGAAUAUUGUUUCAUUGUUAAUAAAUAUUGUGUGUCUAAUAGGUACAUUUUAUUAUAAUGCAGUAUGUCAUUCCAUAACAUUAGCUCAGGUUGCGCCUUCAUUGAACUAGUCACAAAGAAAAUAAUUUCUAUAAGCACCUCUGAUUCUCUGCCUACUCUUUCAUGAAUAAAUCCUAUAUAAACACAAUUGUUUUGUUUAGCCUGUACUGAGCAAUGUAUUAUCUAAAUAUUUGAAACUCAUACGAUUUAUUAUAGACAUUGUGAUGUCGUUUUUAUUGUUAAGUGAAUUUACUACGAAUAAAUUUUAUAUUCCACACGAA